CAAUUUUACUUCGACAAUUGUCGCCCUCUAACAUUUUACUAGAAGGUUAUUUCGAUUUUUCGAAAGAAUAUUUUAUAAGAAUCUAAAGAAUUAUUUUCUCGAUAGUAAUUAAUAUUUGAACAAAAUUAGUUAAAAUUAAUAUAUAUCUAAUAAGUUCUGAAAUAUUUUCUAUUAUUUUUUAUUAAAAUGUGUCAUUCAUAAGAAAAGUGAAUUAUAUAACCUCUUUGAAAAGUUCAAGAUAAACUUUCGAAAAUAAGUUUUAAAUUUAAUAUUUAUUUUAUAUUAUUUCAUGAAGUAAUUUUGUAUUUCUCUGAUUAUAAGAUUUGUUAUCGUUGCUUAUUGUUCUUGCAUUGAGAAUAAUUUAUAUAUUAAUAAUGCUUCGAUUCUUAGCAUCUUUACAUUUUCAAACUUGCAAAGCGGUAUAUGUAGCAACAUCAAAUUUGAUGAAAACUAAACAACCGACGUUAGUAGAACAUGCUCGAAAUUUUUGUGUGAGUUCAAAACUUUUUUCUUGCCAACUUCAAAUUCAAAAACCUGCACCUGAAUUUUCCGGAACUGCCGUAGUGGAUGGCGAUUUCAAAGAAAUCAAAUUAAGUGAUUACAAAGGAAAAUAUGUUGUACUCUUCUUUUAUCCAUUAGACUUCACAUUUGUCUGCCCUACUGAGUUGAUAGCAUUUAGUGAAAAAAUUUCAGAAUUUAAAGCUUUGAAUACGCAAGUAAUUGGAGUUUCUACAGAUUCCCAUUUUAGUCAUUUAGCAUGGACUAAUACACCGAGAAAACAGGGUGGAUUAGGUGGUAAUUUAGGUUAUCCUCUUCUUAGUGAUUUUAAUAAGGAAAUAUCAAUCAAAUACAAUGUACUUCUCCAAGAAUCUGGAAUUGCUUUACGAGGUCUCUUCAUUAUAGACAAAGAAGGAAUAUUAAGACAGCUAAGCAUAAAUGAUUUACCAGUAGGUAGAAGCGUAGAUGAAACAUUGAGACUUAUCAAAGCAUUCCAAUUUGUUGAAAAACAUGGAGAAGUUUGUCCUGCUAAUUGGCAACCAGAUUCUAAAACCAUUAAACCAAAUCCAAAGGAUAGUAAACAAUAUUUUGAAUCAGUUAAUUAAAUAUUAAAAAUGCAUAUUUUCUAUAAGUAUAACUAAACUGAAUUGUAUAAUAAAAAGCAUGUAAUACAAAAAAUAUUAACAUAUAUUAUAAAAAUAUGAAAAAA